CAUGAUAUCGCACGCACUUCUUUUCCCUCGCUCUCUUUUGCCGUGUUUAUAUUGUAUCGCACUGCUUUGCUUUCCCUUCGCUCUUUUUUUUACCGCAAAGCGUAAAAUAUGGGCACCUUUGAAAUUCAGGAGGGGCUGGCUUGACCGCGUGAAAGAUGCCUGGCAUGAGUGUAUUCCUUUCAUGGCUGUUAUGCUGCAAUCGACGAGGGUCGGAAGUAGAAUUUAUCCGACUUCCAACUCGGUGAAGUGGACAACAUCCCUUUGAACUGGGGGCUGUGGUGUGGCAGCUGAUCCGUCAGGAGCGAGUCCAAUUUCCCUGUAGUGGGAGGAGCUCGAAUCUAGGGACUCACCAUUAGAGCAGACGUGGCAAAGCAUGGCGUCAUCAACGUGAGUCUGUGGUUGUUCAUGGGAAAUCGAGCUGAUCAGCUCGCAGAUUCUGCUCCCCUUAAGGUUAAGGAAAUGAUGGAAGAGAGUGGGAUUGAGACUACGCCUCCAUCCAGCCCUACACCACCAAUAAGUGCAGCUGCUUCAGUCAGCGCUCCUCCAAUGAGCAUAGAUCCAUCAAGUCAUCUCAUCGCUGCAGGAACUAGCUCAAUCAAUGCUUCUUCCCUUCCUGCUUUUAGCAGCCCCGUGACUCCACCUUCCAUAUUUCCUCCUCCAUCUUCACUUGGCAGCCCCUUCAGCACCAAUACUUCGGUCUCUGUGCCUCCCCUGACCUCUUCCACAGGACCACCAUCCUUUUCUUCUGGUGCACCCCCUGUUGGGCCUAUUUCCAAUUCUUCCAUGAGCGCAGGAUAUGACAUCACACGGGGUCAUGCUGGUCGAACACCACAGACACCGCUGAUGCCAACUUUUUUCAGCCCAUCCUCUAUUCCAGGUGUACUGUCUAACCCUAUGGUUCAGCAACCUGCCAUGACUGUGGGUUUAGAUGCCAGAUCCCCAAUCACAUUCCCUGAGGAGCAAGAGGAUCCCAGAGUAUCCAUAGACAACAAUGGCAGUAGAGGAAUAUGGGGCUUUUUUAAGGGAGUCGCUGGCAACCCUGUUGUUAAAACAGUCCUGGAUAAGACUAAACAUUCUGUAGAGUCUAUGAUUACCACUCUAGAUCCUGGCAUGGCUCCAUACAUCAAGUCCGGAGGGGACAUUGACAUUGUUGUGACAUCAACUAAAGAGAUAAAUGUUGAUUCAGUCCGAGAUGCUUUUCAAGAGGUGUUUGGAAUGGCCAUGGUGACUGGAGAAAUUGGUUCUUCCAACAUUGCCCCUCAGCCUGUGGGUUAUGCAGCGGGGCUCAAGGGGGCUCAGGAGCGCAUUGAUAGUUUGAGAAGAUUGGGUGUGAUCCACGAGAAGCAGCCAGUGGUCUCAAUGGAAAAAUUUAUUGCUGAGCUCUUUCCAGACAGGUGGUUUGACAUAGGCUGUUUGAUCCUGGAGGACCCUGGUCAUAACAUCCGACUGGAGGUCUUCACCCAGGCAACUCCUCUGGCUCUCGAACAUGUCCAGCAGGCUCAGUCUCUGACUCCUCCCGACUACAGCCUUCGAUGGUCCGGUCUUAUGGUUACAGUAGGUGAUGUCCUGGAACGCAGUCUGCCCAACAUCGAUAAAACAGAAUGGCUUUUGGCUAUGACGGGGAUGACACAGCGGCAAAUGAUCUAUAGUGCCGCCAAAGCGUUGGCUGGAAUCUAUAAACGGAAGCUGCCACCCAGGACUCUAUGAGGCUCUGCUGAUUUUUGUGUCUAGGAGCAUUUUAGGACAUAUUGACGGAGUAGCGAAAACUGAGAGCCAUUGCAAUGUCUGAGAUUAUUCACAGCUCCAUGUUUUUCAAAACUCCUAAGUAAUGUUAUUGACAUUCCGACUCAACUGGAUUUUACUGUUGCACAUCACUUUGAAAAUGAAGCCAUUUUAGAAGUAAUCACCUGCUCUUCUUUCCUGACAUUAUAUAUUAGUGUACUAUGUGAGGUUUUGUGUGAUUGUUUCCUUGUUUUUUUUUUUUAUGUCCCAACUGUUGUAAAAGCAAAGGCAUUUUAAAAUCAUACAAUAUUUGGCCAAGCCUUUUCACGAAUUUCACACUGAAUUUGAAACCUGAAUCAUUACGCCAAAAAUUAUAAAAGCCUUAUUGCCUUAUUACAUUAUAUGAAGGGUCAUCUCUGCCACAUGCAAGAAUAAAAUAAAUGCAACCAAAAGGG